UUGAGUCAAUAGAUUUUUAAAGACAACGAAAUGCAGCUAAGUCCUAGCCAGCGUACACCAGAUUUAAGCUGAUUUGAAGAAGCGGAGACAGCCUAUUUAAAAGCUUCUUAGCAUAAACAAUACCUAUUUUGCAGGAAAUCACUUCAGCUGCUUACUUUUUGUCUUUAAAGGAAACUGCUUUAGGAACUUACUGUGCUGUCUUAUCUCAGACAGAGGUAUGGCCAGUAGUGCACUGCAAAUCGUUGGACUGGUAGUUGGAGGCAUUGGCUUAGUUGGGACUUGUGCAAUCACCGGGAUGCCUCAAUGGAGAGUCACUGCUUUCAUUGAAAACAACAUCAUCGUGUUUGAGACCAUUUGGGAAGGACUCUGGAUGCACUGCAUCAGACAAGCCAACAUCAGGAUGCAGUGCAAAGUCUACGACUCUCUCUUGGCACUCUCACCUGAUCUACAGGCAUCCAGAGGACUAAUGUGUUCUGCUUCAGCACUCUCAUUUCUUGCUUUUAUGAUAGCUGUUAUGGGCAUGAAGUGCACUCAGUGCACUGAGAAUAACGAGCGAAUCAAGGGUCACAUUCUGUUGGCAGCUGGAGUUCUUUUCAUCCUAUCUGGUAUUGUUGUGUUCAUCCCAGUAUGUUGGGUUGCCAAUACUAUCAUCAGAGACUUCUACAAUCCAACUGUCAAUGUGGCACAAAAACGAGAACUCGGGGAAGCCCUGUACAUAGGCUGGGUAGCUGCCUUCUGCCUCGUUGCUGGGGGAGCAAUAUUCUGUAGCUUCUGCCAUUGUAACGAGAAAACCAGAAGCUACAGGUUCUCAGCACCUUCACAUCAAGCAUCCUACAAAACUCAUCACGUGCAAAGGAAAACUGAAAGUUCAUAUUCCAGAAGUCAGUAUGUCUAGUUGCUUUUUGGUCUUUUAGCUCAGCAAGUCAGUCUUUGUGAAUGGACUUCAACAUUCACAGUGAACUACAAGUAGAUCCAAGGAAACUUUAUUUGUACUUCAUACCUAAACCACAGUAGCCAUGCAUAAAUCCUUGGAUUUUAGUUAAUUCUAUGAACCCUGUCGAGCAGACAAUGUAUUACAUUUUAAUCCCAAAAGAAAAAACAACAACUUUUUACCAUGUUUUAAAGCUUCAAUUUGUUUUAAAACUAUUUAGCAUUCAUGUAAAAGUGAAUGUUAAAAAGAAAUCAAAUAGUUAUUUGGAAAGAAUUUUAGGUUUUUUUGGGGAGGGGAGGGGCUAUGUUACAUAUGACAAAUUACAACAAAAGGGCUUAAAUGAGUUUAUUGUUAUAUAAAAUACAGAUUGAUUGUGAUGAAAAUAAUGGAUCAAACAAAUUAUUGUCUGGGGAGGGAGGAUAAGACAGCAAAGAUAAUAAAGAAACUGUUUUAAAAAAACAAUAACUAAGGGAUAAAUACAUUGUAAAUAAAUGGUAAUGUGACAGAUUAGCUCUGCAGUGAGAGGGAGGCCAAUAUCUCUGAAAAUAAACUUAAAAAACAAAUAGUC